AUGUCAAAGAUCGUGGACGACAUGCUCUUGCAAGCAACUAACUUUGAGGAGUUGCUCAACUGCUUGCAGGUCGUCUUCAACAUCUGCUUUGAGGAGGGCAUCACCUUCAGCAUUGACAAGCUUGAAGUUGGCAAGAGGGUGCCCUUUGCUGGGUUUAUUGUCUAUUGUCUGACGCCCGACCCCGCCAAGGUGGAGGCCAUCUCUGCCUUCCCCUCCCCUAAGAACUUGACGGGGCUCGGAUACGCGCUUAUCCAGCGGGAGAAGUCGGGGCGUCCUCAGCUCAUCCAGUGUGGGAGCUGCACGUUGUCUCCUGCCCAGCGCAACUAUGCCGUUGUCGAGCUCGAGCUCACGGCGGUGUGGUUGCAACGGCUCCGAGAAAAUUUGGCCCAGUACAAAUUCACGGUCAUGUGGACUCCCGGCAAACGCCAUUUAAUCGCCGACGCCCUAAGCCGGUACCCUGUGUUUGGUCCCUCGCACGCCCUUGACAAAGAGCUCGCCCUUUGCGCGGCCAUCUCCAUUAAUGACCCCGCCCUCCGCAUCAUUGCCUCCAACAUUGACGAGGAGUACCGCUUGCUUGCCCGCGCGCUCAAGGCCGGAGGGGGCCUCCCUCCUGAUUUGUCUGGGUACGCCGGCAUCUUUGGUGAGCUCAGGGUGGAAGGUGACCUAAUCCUUAUGGGAGAACGUCUCUUUGUGCCGCACCCAGCGCGCCCCACCAUCAUUGAGCUCCUCCAUACAUCCCACUCUGGGAUCAAUAAGACUUGCAAACUGGCAUCCCAGCUUUAUGUGUGGCCAACCCUUCGGAAUGAUGUCCGGAACCGGGUAGCUUCCUGCCCGAAGUGCGUGGCAGCACUCCCCUCGCAGGAGGCAGAACCAGUGGCCCCAGAAGGGGCCUCGUUCCCCGUGGAAGCGGUAGCCGUGGACCUGUUUGACCUCAAGGGUUCCACAUUUGUGGUGAUGGUUGACCGUUACUCGGGCUUCCCCUUCACAGCGAGGUUGUCUUCGACAUCCACAGAAGCCGUGUGGUCCACUCUUAUGGAAUGGUUCUAUCUGGUGGGGUUCCCAACCACCAUCAAGACGGACAACGGCCCACAGUUCCGCGGCCCGUUUGCGGCACUCUGCGUGGAUGCAGGAAUCAAGCACAUCACAUCCUCCCCCUACCAUCCUGCCUCCAACGGGCUGGCCGAAUCUGGAGUGAAGGCCGUCAAGACCCUACUCAAGAAGCUGGGUGGGAAUGACAAUGCCAAGUUUCGGGGUGCCCUUCUCGAGUGGCGUUGCACGCCCAGGGUGGAUGGCUUCUCACCAGCGGACGCCUUUCACGCCCGCAGAGUCCGCUCACGGCUACCCUCCGCCCGCCAGGAGAGCGUGUUUGACCGCCAAGGUUUUGCUGAUGCACGAUCGUCAUAUCGCGACCAGAUGGUGAAGAGCGCUCGGGGCCGCCCUCUGAGGCCCUUAGUGAUUGGCCAACACGUCCACAUACAAGAUGUUUCGGAAAAAUCGUGGAGCUUUGGCACAGGAACGAUUGUUGAGGCCCUCCCAAACGGCCGCUCCUACCGAGUACAAACGGAUGCCGGCGUGUUUCGCCGAAAUCGGCGGCAUUUGCGGCCCGCAUCGACUCCCACACACGCAACAUUCCCGCCCCUGGCUACCCUCUACGCGCCUCCAUCAGCACCUCCAUGCCCUCUCCGCUCGGUUCGGCUCAAAGCCAGGAGGGUCUCCUUCAGGGUUUAG